AUGGAAUCAUUGAUAAAUGGUGAAUUGGUUUUGCCUUAUUCAAAACAGUUUUCAUUGCCUUUAGUUAUUUCUUGUCCAAGUGGAAGUAGAGAAUCUUACUACUGCAGUAAAUUAUGUGAGGAGGCUAAUUGGGACUUGUUUCAUUCUCUACUUUGUACAGGGGCAAGAUCAAAAUCAUUAAAUAAGGAGGCACUUCUAAAAUUUAUACAACAUGCUAAUGAAACAAAUGACAUUUUCCUCCUAGCUGCCAAGGUGGUUUCGUUCACCAUUUUAAAGUACAAGAAGUCAAAAGCAGCUAAUCUUGAAAUGGAAGGGAAGUGCACUACUGACAGCUGUAAUCUUUCUCUGCUUUUGGAGGCAUGGAAACCGAUAUCAGCAGCAUACAAGAGAAGCUGGUGGGAGUGCAUUGCUUUACCAAAUGAUGUUAAUUGUCACAAAGAAACUGCAUUUAGGAUGUAA